GCAGCACACAUUGAAUAGGAGUGAUAAUAAAGGACAUCCUUACCCGGUUCUCGUUUGCAGAAGAGAUGCUUUCGAUUUCUCUCUGAUACAGUGGCACAAACGGUGGCUUUGACCAACUGGAGCAUGGACGGGGUGGCGAGAGGGGAUUGACUGGUCUUCGCGGCAGAAUAAGGCGAAGCCACAUGGGCAUGUGCGUGCUGCAGUGCACGGCCCGCGGUGGCAGAAGAAGGCUGCAGGAGUCACCGUGGGCCGCACACAUCCUGGAGCCCAGCAGCCCACCUCGGAGGCAUUAGGAAGAACCAUGGCUAACGAAACCCAAGAGACUGGUGGCCUCCACUUCCCUUUUCCCUACACACCGUAUUCCAUCCAGAAAGACUUCAUGGCAGAGCUGUACCAGCUGUUAGAAGCUGGCAAGAUUGGGAUAUUUGAGAGCCCAACUGGCACUGGGAAAUCUUUAAGCCUGAUUUGUGGGGCUCUCUCCUGGCUCCGUGACUUUGAGCAGAAGAAACGUCAAGAAGAGGCCCGUCUCCUUGAAAGUGGAGCCCUCCCUGUCAGUGAUGGGAAGGCCCAGCCUCCAUCUCUCUCUGCCUCCUGCCAAGAGCCCCCAGAGGCGCCAGGGCCUGCCGGAGAGCCUGACUGGGUCACUCAGUUUGUGCAGAGGAAGGAGGAAAGGGACCUGGUGGACCGGCUCAAGGAGGAGCAGAUGCGGAGGAAGAAGCGGGAGGAGCGCCUCCAGCAGCUGCGCCACAACACACAGCUCAAGUACGCAGCCAAGCGCUCGAGACAAGAAGAAGAAGAAAUGGAGCGGCUGCUCCGCCUCAGCAGGGAGAUGCUGGCAGCGGGGGCAGGGCCGGAGCAGCUCCAGUCUGGGGAGGAGGAGCUGGUCCUGGAGGAGUACGAGAGUGAUGAAGAGACGCGGACCACCAGUGGGGUAGAUGAAGAUGAGGAUGACUUUGAGGAAGAACACGUCACCAAGGUUUAUUACUGCAGCCGGACCCACUCCCAGCUGGCCCAGUUUGUACACGAGGUGCAGAAGAGCCCUUUUGGCAAGGACACCCGGCUUGUCUCGCUCGGCUCUCGGCAGAACCUCUGUGUGAACGAGGACGUGAGCCGCCUGGGCUCGGUGCAGCUCAUCAAUGACCGCUGCAUGGAGAUGCAGAGAAGCAAGCUCGCCCCGUCCUCAGAGAAGAGGAGCAAAGCAGAGGCCGAGAAGCCGAAGCGGAGGCGGCAGGAAGGCGGGACUACCUGCCCCUUCUACAACCACGAGCAGAUGCAGCUCCUGCGGGACGAGGUCCUCCUGGAGGUGAAGGACAUUGAGCAGCUGGUGGCCCUGGGCAAGGAGGCGCGGGCCUGUCCCUACUACGGAAGCCGACUGGCUAUCCCGGCGGCCCAGCUGGUGGUGCUGCCCUACCAGAUGCUGCUGCACGCGGCCACACGGCGGGCGGCGGGCAUCCGGCUGCAGGGCCAGGUGGUCAUCAUCGACGAGGCUCACAACCUGAUCGACACCAUCACCGCCAUCCACAGCUCAGAAGUCAGCGGUUCCCAGCUCUGCCAGGCCCAUGCCCAGCUGCGCCAGUACACAGAACGAUACGGGAAGCGCUUGAAGGCCAGGAACCUGAUGUACAUCAAACAGAUCCUGUAUUUGUUGGAGAAGUUUGUGGCUGUGCUGGGAGGGGACAUUAAGCAGAACCCCAAUACCCAGAGCCUCUCGAAGACAGGAACAGAGCUGCAGACCAUCAACGACUUCCUCUUUCAGAGCCAGAUCGACAACAUCAACCUGUUCAAGGUGCAGCGCUACUGUGAAAAGAGCAGGCUCAGCAGGAAGCUCUUCGGCUUCACGGAGCGACAUGGAGCCGUCCUGGCCUCCUCCAGGGAGCACCCCAGGCUGACUGGGUUUCAGCUCUUCAUGCAAGGCCUACAGCCCGGGGCCAGCGAGGUUGCUCCUGGAGACCCUGUGGAGGAGGGUGAGGCCAGGGGCUCUCGGCCUGCAUCCCCCCUGAUGCACAUCGAAGGCUUCCUGGCAACACUCACCACGGCCAACCAGGACGGCAGGGUCAUCCUGAGCCGCCAAGGCACCCUCAGUCAAAGCGGCCUCAAAUUCUUGCUUCUGAAUCCAGCCGUGCACUUUGCCCAGGUGGUGAAGGAAUGCCGGGCAGUGGUCAUUGCAGGGGGCACCAUGCAGCCGGUGUCUGACUUCCGGGAGCAGCUGCUGGCCUGUGCUGGGGUUGGCCCUGAGCGAGUGGUGGAGUUUUCCUGUGGUCACGUGAUCCCUCCGGACAACAUCCUGCCCCUGGUCAUCUGCAGCGGGCCCUCCAACCAGCAGCUGGAGUUCACCUACCAGAAAAGGGACCUGCCGCAGAUGGUGGAUGAGACGGGCCGAGUCCUCUGUAACCUGUGCAACGUGGUGCCUGGAGGGCUGGUCUGCUUCUUUCCCUCCUAUGAGUACCUGCGCCAGGUCUACGCCCGCUGGGAGCAGAACGGCCUGCUGGCCCGUCUGGCUGUCAGGAAAAAGGUGUUUCAGGAGCCCAGGAGAGCAAACCAAGUGGAGCAGGUGCUGACGGACUAUUCCAGGUGCAUUAAGGGCUGUGGCCAGGCUGCAGGCACAGUGACCGGCGCCCUGCUCCUCUCCGUGGUCGGAGGGAAGAUGAGUGAAGGCAUCAACUUCUCGGACAGUCUGGGCCGGUGUGUGGUCAUGGUGGGCUUGCCCUACCCCAACAUCAAGUCUCCGGAGCUACAAGAGAAGAUGGCCUACCUGGAUCAGACCCUACCCAGAACCCUGGGACAGCCGCCCCCAGGGAAGGCUCUGGUGGAGAACCUGUGCAUGAAGGCCGUCAACCAGUCUAUAGGCAGGGCCAUCAGGCACCAGAAGGAUUUUGCCAGCAUUGUGCUCCUGGACCAGCGUUAUGCCCGCCCAGCAACCCUGGCCAAACUGCCUGCCUGGAUCCGAGGCUGCGUGGAGGUCAAAGCCACCUUCGGGCCUGCCUUUGCUGCUUUGCGCAAGUUUCAUCGGGAGAAGUCUGCUGCUUCCUGACAGAGGAGGGUACGCCACCUCUGGCAUGCCAGGAGGGGAGUGGGCCAUAAGACCAGCCCCCUCCUGAGUUCAGUGGUCUUGUCAGGAUCCAGGACGUGGAUCUAGGUUAAUCCUGACAAGACCGUGGGUGCUGGCCGCCUCUGGGCUCAUUCCCGGUAGCUCUGCUCCUGGCAUUGAGCCGGAAUUCCCAUGCAGCUCCCCUGAGUCUGGCUGUGGGCCUCAUCCUGCCUAGCCUCUCCUGGAGGCGGCAGCCAGCACAGCCUCACUGCGGCCUCAGUGUCCAUGAUGAGGACACGGGCCUGUCCUGCUGUCUCCUCAUCUGAGCCCAGAACCGCUCAGUCCCCAGCCCCGUGGACGGGGCUCUUCCUAUUCAGGGCUUCUCGUCCCAUUGCCUCACCUGCCGACCUCCCUUCCUGUGCAGCCUUGCUCCCUAACCUGUACACAGCCCUCCGCAGCAUUUUUAUCUCCCUGGCUGGGCUCCAGUUUCUACUGCGAGUUUAUAGCACCUUCCCUCCCUCUCAGCCGCUUGAGCCAACUCCAAGACACCUCCUAUCCUGACAUCAGCGAUUGUGCCAGCGGCCACUAGGCUCUCAGCAGGACUAUUUUUAGAGACCUUGUGUCUGUCACUGAGACAUUUUCUUCUGUGUGAAAUUACCCCUCCCUCACAUUUGCAACAGCUGCCCCUAGUAACUUGUCCCCUGCUCCUCUUCCUGAGCCCCCUUGGGCUUUCUGUGCCCAUAGCCUGCUUAGGGACUGGAGACAGCAGGGGGCCUGCGUGGGGCCAUCCUGCAUCUUCACAGCACGUUUCUGGAUUAAAGUGCACACUGGGUCUAUGCUCA